AUGCAAAUUUCUCUUGUUAAAUAUUCAAAUGGAUAUUUUCAUUUAUAUGAAACAUUGAGUAUGACAGAAAAUCAUAUAACUCAUUAUUAUGAUUGUUUCUAUGCUUCAAUGUUCUCAGAAACAUCCAACAUAGAACUUUUAUUAAGACCAUACUGUAUUCGUCCGGAUGAUAAUGAUUUGGAAAGAAUUAGAUCGAUCAAUGAAUCACAAAUAUUCGGUAAACGCUUUACUUUUUUUCAACUUCGUCAAUUGAAUGUUACUGAUGAAAAUCUAUAUGAAUGGUCUGCUCCAAUUCAUACAAUAGAACAUUAUCAGUUAUAUAUGACUGAUUCAUCUGUUCAAGAUGGAAUUUUUUACAACUGUUCAUCACCAUUUUGGUUUGGAUCAUUUUGCCAAUAUACAUUGAAUUCAUUGGAUUCAUUUAGUGAAAUUGUCAUCAAAAGAUUUCAAUCUAGGAAUAGUGAUGCACUUUUGCACCAAAAUCUAGUCCUUUUAAAUAUAACACGUGGUACAUGUUACAUUCAUUUAAAAUGUAAUCGUGGUCCACCACCAAUGUGCCUUGAUUGGAGAGAAAUAUGAUCAACAGAUGAACGAGAUUAUUGUCGUUUAAAUUAUCCAAAUGAAGCAAAUAGACGAUAUCGUUGUUGGAACGAUACAACAUGUAUUAAUAUCCAUCAGUUGUGUGAUUGUAUACGUGAUUGUCAGCUUGGAGAUGAUGAAGCCAUCUGUUCUUGGUUACGUGGAGGAUUGGAUGUAUGUUUUCCUGAUAAGUUUAUUUGCAGUAACAAUAAAGUUGUUUUAAGAAAACACUUGUGUGACAGUAAACUAUCUUGUAGUAAAAAAGAAGAAGCAUUAAUUUGUGACUUGACUGAAUGGAAUAAACCAGAACGAAAAUAUUUUUCUAUUGGUAACUAUUUUAAUCAAUAUCCUGAUAUAUUAUUGCAAAACAAUGAACAAUUAUCAACUACAAUGAAAACAAUGCUAAACAAACAAAAAAAUGAAAAAAAUAAUGAUUUAUUGUUACAAUGGUAUUGCAAUGAAGGUGUAUUAGUUUAUUCAAUUGAUCAGAAAUUUUAUUGUUUUUGUUCACCAGUGCAUUAUGGCGAUCGUUGUCAAUAUCAAAAUGAAUUUAUCGGUUUAGUUUUGAAUGUUCGGCGAAAAUCAGCACGUGAUUAUUUAUUUCUAUUUCGCAUAAUCAUUAUUUUGCUUGACGAUAAAAAGAAUUUAUUAUUUCAAGAACAAAUUUUAUAUAGAUCUUCAUGUGAAAAACGACAUCAAAUGUAUUUACUUUAUCCUAAUCGACCAAAAUUAAAAGAUAAAAAUUAUUCUAUUCGUUUCGAUGUUUAUGCUAUCCAUCGUUUACAAAACACAAUUCAAUUUCGAACAAGUUUUUAUCAUAAAAUUCCAUUUACAUUUUUGCCUAUUCAUCGAUUUGUUAUUAAUUUAGCUAUACCAGAAAAACAGGCACAAACAAACUUAUGUAAUAAUAUUCAGUGUCAAAAUGGAAAAUGUUAUCGAUAUGAAAAUUACAACCAGUAUUAUUGCCGAUGUGAUUAUGGUUGGUUUGGUGAAUUUUGUCAUCUUCGUCAUAAAUGUAAUUGUUCUUCUCAAUCAAUGUGUACUGAAACAGGUUGUAUAUGUCCUUUAGGAAAAUCUGGUUUAUUAUGUUAUGUUCCUGAAGAAUUAUCUUGUAAAGACAUUGUUUGUCAACAUGGUGGAACUUGUAUAGCUCAGGAUCAACGAAUUCUGGAAAAAGAUUCUCAAUGUAUUUGUACGGACGAAUGUGAAGGUGAAUUUUGCGAAAAACGUCAAAUGCGUAUUAUAAUUCAUUUCAAUAAUAUUCAAAUACCAUCAUCAAUACUGAUUCAUUAUCUUAUCUCAAGAAGAUCUCGAAAUCCAGAUCAUUUAACACAAUUUAAGCGAAUUUCUGUAUAUGAAAAUACUGUUACCUUAUAUCCUUCGAUGCAAUAUAAUAUGGCUUUUGUUCAGUUUGAUAAUAAUUAUUAUUUAGUCGUUCUACAUUCACUUCCUGUACAUCACGAUGUGAGCACAACUGUUAUUCCUUCAAAUAAAUGUCCUUAUUUUGAAGAAUUAUUUGAUCGUAGUACAUUUUUAUUUCAUCCAUUAAAACGCAUCAAAUAUUAUCCUCUAAUAUGUCAAAACAAUAUUAAGCUUGUAUGUUUUUAUGAUCAAACACAAAUAUGUUUAUGUUCAAAAAAUUAUUUAACCGAUUGUUUUGAUUUCAAUCAUAACGGAACAAGUUCAUGUAAUGAAAAUAAUUAUUGUGAAAAUAAUGGAAAAUGUUAUGUUAAUGAUUUAACAUGUCCGACAAAAUCUAUUUGUAUAUGUGAACAAUGUUACUAUGGUACAUUGUGUCAAUUUACUACUUCAGGUACUGUUCUAUCAUUAGAUUCUAUUAUUGGUUAUCGUAUAGAACCACAUUUACCAUUUGCUAAACAAUCUUUUAUCAUUAAAUUAAGUACAGGAAUUACAAUAUCAAUGUUUGCAGUAGGUAUUAUUGGUAAUCUUUUGUCGAUAAUGUUAUUCUCACGAAAGAAGGUACUCGAAGUUGGCUGUGGUAUCUAUUUGUUAUCAUCUUCAAUUCUGUCAUUUUUAGCAAUGAAUGUAUUUGCAUAUAAGUUUUGGAGUUUACUUGUAACGCAAAUGGCAUUAGUAACAAAUGAAACCUUUUUACAUGUCAAUUGUAAAAUGAUUGAUUUCGUAUCGAGAUUUUUACCCACAACAAUCGAUUGGUUGAACGCAUGUGUUGCUAUUGAACGAGUUCUUAAUAUGACAAUCGGUGCUCAGUUCAGUAAAGUAAAAAGCAAAUUUUGGGCAAAAUUUGUAAUCAUUAUGGUUAUUUUAAUCAACAUUAUUAGUGUUAUACAUGAUCCGUUAAACCGACGGUUGCUUAAAGAUAUUGAAGAACAGCGUAUUUGGUGUAUUGUUAGUUACACACAUUCAUCAUUGUUGAAUGUCUACAAUACGACUUUAAAUGUAAUUCAUUUUAUUGUACCAUUUGGAAUUAAUUUCACAUCAGCUUUUGCUAUUAUUGUAAUUGCAGCACGUAAACGAUCUGUUGUUCAUAAAAAUCAAACAUAUCGUGAACAUUUAAGAGAACAAUUUCAACAGCAUAAACAUUUAGUCAUUAGUUCAUCUAUUCUUGUUAUAUUAGCUUUACCAAGACUUAUUAUUUCAUUUUUUUCAGGUUGUAUGAAAUCAGUUCGUGAUCCAUCACUAUUCUUAGCUGCUUAUUUUAUUUCCUUUAUUCCACCGAUUUUAAUAUUCAUUAUAUUCGUAAUACCGUCUCAAACCUAUACAGCUGAAUUUAACUUAUCAUUGAAAUAUUAUCUUGCGACACCUCGACGUUAUUUUCAUGUUACAUAG